CACUUUCUGGCAGUAUGUAAUAUCCUCCAAUAUUCUCUAGGGUUGAAAUUUGGAAUUUGGAAGUAUUUCAAGGAGUGCCCUUUUAAGGGUUAAAGAGCAAGACCUUCUCAUAAGACCUGUGACACAAGCUAAACAGCAUGCUAACAUGUUGCACUGCUAACUAUUUUACAGUGCAAGCAUGUAAACUUUUACCUAUUAGCACGUUCUAGGAGUGUUUUAUUAGGCUACAUACUAAUUAGAGGCAUUAUUCCUCCCAAGUUACUUUUAAAUGCAAUAAGGUGAGUUUAAGCUUAGCAGCUGAUGCAAGAUAUAGCUAAAAGAAAAUGCACAGUCUGCAAAAUUCAAAUAUAUAAACCAAGAAAAUACACACAAAAAACAUUUAGGAGGUGGAAAAUCAUGCACUUAACACCUAGCCAACUGUAUCGUAAUGGCGAGAAAAUUAAGUCAGUUUCAUUUUGCAGGGUAUUUGUGGAUUUUGCCUUUUGUCUGUGUUGUUUUUGAUUAAAUUUUUGUGUUUAUUUCUGAGAAUACAAGAUAUGCUUUCAUAUAAUGUGUGUAAAAAAGAAAAGAAAAAAGAAAACUGUUAUAUAGGAAAAGUUAGUUAAGGUUACUGCCAUUCCCAGUGAUAGAAAAGAGCACAAGACCUCAUAAAAAGUAAAAGUACAAACUGUGAAGAAUGAAGGAAAAUGACUCAGUGUUACAUUUUCGUUGUUUAUAUGAUUCAGUGUAUCCAAUAGCACAGACAGCAACAUAUAUUUGUCAUAUUUCUUCCUGCAGCCCAUCACACCAUGCUGCAGAGAACAGCACACACUCUGUUAUUGGAACCAUGAUGGGAGUCAUGUGGAUCUACUUUUUGCAACAGGAGGCUGAAGAAAACACGUCAACUGUGCUUAAAGAAUGUCUUUGUCUGCUGCAACAUAUGAAGAGGAGUCUCUUGGGCAUGUCAGCCAUUAGAACUGAGUGGAGGGUACACAUCACAAAGCAACACAACGGGACUCAAUUUGUGCAGAAAUCUAACCUGAGGAAAGCAUUUCUCAUCGCAACGUUGAAGCCGAUUGUUGCAAUUUAGCCUUUUGCAUGGAAACAGGUGAGCACACUUCUGUUUUCUCAUUGAUUUGCAAAACUGGGCAUGCAUACCUGUUUACUCAUGUGAUAUUUUAAGAUUGCAUGUGCUAACCACUGUAAUUUAAAAGAAAAAUGCGUAUCCGUUGUGUAUCUCCUUGAUAUGCCGGGAUGCUUAUUGUGCUCUAAAGGUCAGCCAUCAAUAUGGGUUAAAAACUCCUGCAGGGGGUUUGAAAAGGUGCCAGGUUUGACAGCUCCAGACAAAAAGAAAAACGUGGGAAGAAAGUUAUGUACACGCCACAGGAAAAUUAGAUUUCAGCCAAUCAUGCAACUGCAAACACACACCUACUGACCUGAAUUGAACUGAUAGAAAACAUUUUGAUCAACAGUAAGGCGUAUAAAGGCAUGUGCAAACACGAGGCCCAGCAGGGUCCCAUGAGCUCCCCUGAAACAUCUGCGUCCUUUGUAAUGAUCUGCGUGACAAUAUGGUUUAUUAUGUGCCUGCUCUGCCCCAGUCCACUGCGAGCACAGCUGGGGACUACCCCCAACAUUAAACACAUUGUGGUUGGAAGGUGUUACAAUUACGUCACACUUGUAAACCCCGGCUUGAGGUUCGACUGUGAGGAGAUCUGGAGACAGUUUGAGGCGGCGGUUGUCCGUCAGUCCUCCUGUAAUGUGACGGUGGAGGAUUAUCAUCACAUGUUUUAUGCCAUGCCACAAACCUGGCCUUGUGACAGGUUCCUCUUCUGGAGUAAAACCAGGACGCUGAUGCAGAGCUACGCAGCUGUUUUGCGUCACUUCUGGACUCUGGAGGACACGCUGGUCGGCUACAUGUUCAACGACCUCGUCUGGUGUGGACAAGACAAAGACUCCGGUUUUGAUUUCAGCUCUUGUCCGAAGUGGUCGGCGUGUAGAAACCAUCCGGUGUAUUCCUUGUGGAGGCAAGCCUCGCAGAAUUUUGCAGAAAUGGCAUGUGGCAACAUCACUGUGUUACUCAAUGGCUCCAUUGUGAAUGCCUUCAAUAGGAAAAGCAUGUUUGGAAGUGUUGAACUGGACAGUCUGAACCCCUGCAGGGUGGAUUAUGUCAACAUAAAGGUGGUGACCAACCUAGAAGGACCUUUUAUAGAAUCAUGUGGUGAAGGAUCCAUUCUGGACCUGAUCCAGAUCCUCCAGUCCAGAGGUUUCCGCUGGACGUGUACAGACAACGACCAGACCCUGAUGAUCCUUCAGUGUAUCCAGAACCACAAACCAUCUUCCUGCCACUCGUGUGCAAACAGCUUCUCACAGAGAAAGAGUGUCACAUUCUCCUGAAUCACCCACAGAUUCAAAAUUCUGAUAUUAAAAGAUUUUUGUACUCUGAAAACACCUCAAAGCCUCUUGGAGUUCAAAAUUGAUCGGAUUCUGAAGAUUGUGCUUUAAUUUCAACUGGAUGAUGCUAAUUUAAAUGACAUUUUGAGGGGUGAAAUCAUCAACUGUAUAGUAAUGGUGGAUGCAGUCACUAUCUUGGUUGCCAUAUUAUUGUUUUAUAACCAGUACAAGAGCAGAACGGAUCAGGAGUCAGAAUGAUGCUAAGUCAUUAGCCAACGUUAGCGCCAGCUUGGUUAGCAAGGGACGAUUGUUCUUCUAAAUGAAACAGCCAACUCCUUAGAUUGUCUUUUAGCCCGACCGAACACUUGAACAAGAUGUUUUUAAGCGACCAAAAAUGUUCCAGUUAACUUUGGUGAAAUGAAAACACAUUGUGAAAGGGUCAGAGUUCAAAGACACAAACACACAGUGCUCUGUGGUAGCGAUAUGGCAACCAUAUGGUAGACCCGCCCUAAAUCAUACCCUGCUUUAUCGUCUUUUUUCUCCAAAUGGGACCAUCAUUUACAAAAUUAACACCAUGCUGUAUUGAAAAAGACUUAAACUAGAAGUGGAGAACAUAAACUCAUUAUGAGAAUGUUAACUGAGGUAAAAAAUCAAGUGACUUACAUACAAAGAUACUUAUUUUUUCAACCAGUAGAGUCGCCCCCUGCUGGCCAUUGGAUAGAAUGCAGGUUUAAGGCACGUCCACGUUGGUUUCACUUUUCGUUUUAUAAAAUGCAUAACUAAAGCAAUAUUACCUGACAUGAUCAUAGUCUCACUGUGGAUUAUUGUAACCUUAUUUUGAUGUCCUAUUUUUGUCAAAAUCUAGUUUGAAUUUCAUGCUUUCAAGUGUUUUCUGAAAGCGUUCAUCCGUUGGAGGAUUGAGGGGUUAAAUGGGGUCAAGCAGCU